UCCCCCGCGUUGUGUUGUCUCAAGCUUUCACACACAAACAGGAAACAGGAAGCAGAGCGACGUGAAAUGUGCGUGUGCCUGAGUUGGCAAGUGAGUGGUGCAAGAAGAUAGUGAGUGAUGCCUGUUUUUGGAUUCGGGGCGGGGUGUUGUCGAUUUCGGAGCUUGUUGUAGAAGAAGAAGGAGCUUGUUGCCGGGGGGGGGGGGGGGCAGGCACUAUGAGGUUCACAACAGGACCUCCUUCAGGAGCGUUACAGAAUGGCUGUUACCACAAUGGCGUGGAGGGGAGGUCCAGAGAAGUGGUUUCGGCAUCGGGGAGCGCUGGGGCCCAAUUCUCUGCCCGCGCUUCUGCAGCGAGAUUGCAGGUCAGUCGCGGUGCGGGUUCGAGGGAUUUGGGCUCUGUUAAGAGUGGCGGACAGGGGAGACAGGGGAGACAGGGGAGGUGUGGGAGAACGGUGGCGAGUUUGGGGUGUGAUUGGCAUGGUGGCGAAUUAUCGCAGGGCAGGGUAGAAUGCAUUGUUGGAGAGGGAUUUGAGAGGUUGAAAGGGCUGCAAUUAGGAUGGAGAGAAGCGGGGAGAGGGCGUGGGAGGCGAUUCCAGGUAGUGCCGCAGGCUUUGUUGCAGUGGAAUAGGAGGCCUGAGCUUGUGGGGGAGAUUCCUAGAGUUGUAGUGAUCACGUCAGGGAAGGGAGGAGUGGGUAAAACGACCACCACUGCCAACCUCGGGAUGUGUCUUGCGCGUCUGAACUUUAAAGUGGUCGCGAUAGAUGCAGAUGUCGGGCUCCGGAAUCUUGAUUUGCUGCUUGGACUUGAAAAUCGAGUGAACUACACGGCAAUGGAGGUUCUUAAUGGAGAAUGUCGGCUCGAUCAGGCUCUGAUAAGGGACAAGAGAUGGACGAAUUUUGAACUUUUGUGUAUCAAUAAACCCCGGUACAAAAUGCCUCUUGGUUUCGGAGGAAAAGCUCUCACGUGGCUAGUGGAUGCCCUAAAGAAAAGACCCGAGGGACAACCUCAUUUUAUCUUGAUUGAUUGUCCGGCAGGUAUCGAUGCUGGUUUUAUCACUGCGAUCACUCCUGCCAAGGAGGCAAUUCUCGUCACUACCCCUGACAUCACCAGUUUGAGGGAUGCGGAUCGAGUGACGGGCCUUCUCGAAUGUGAUGGUAUUAAAGACAUAAAGAUGGUGGUUAACAGAGUGAGAAGUGAUAUGAUCAAGGGUGAGGACAUGAUGUCAGUGCUUGAUGUGCAAGAAAUGCUCGGUUUGCCUUUGCUGGGUGUGAUACCUGAGGACUCGGAAGUCAUCAAAAGUACCAACAGGGGUUACCCUUUGGUGCUGAAGAACCCGCCUACACUAGCGGGUCUGGCAUUGGAGCAGAUGGCUUGGAGAUUAGUGGAAAAGGACAGCAUGAAAGCAAUCUUAAUUGAAGAAGCCCCUCAGAAACGUAGUCUUUUUCCUUUCAUGGGUGGCAAGAAUUGAUAAUUUCAAGUUUUAAAGUGUUGCACCGGUUUCUAUGAGUUCCAGAGCAGGUACAUUGCUUAUUGUAGAAUUGUAUACUUCAUAUGCUUCCAGAGUAAGGGUUUUUUCCGAUCUUUCCAACUUUGAAAUGGUGGUCAAAUGCAGAUUCUUGACGAGGAGGCUAGGGUUGCCUUUUUGGACAAUCUGACCUAGUUUUAAAUGUGCUAAUUUAUAAUCUGCUGUGUCCA